AUGCAGUGUUUUUGGGACACAGUGGACCUUAUGGACUUAAAGGAAGGGAUGAACAGAUCUGGUGCGAGCGACCACACUGCUGGAUGGUGUGAGAACGGAACAGAGGAGGCGGCGGUUCCGGGGAAGCUGGCGCUCGGCAUCGGCGCGGACAACGUUGUCGCCCUGCUAGCGUUCGCGCUCAUCUUUGCGCUGGGUGUCCUGGGUAACUCAGUGGUGAUCGCGGUGCUUGCGCGCAGACGUCCCGGUGCGCCGCGCGGCACCACUAACAUCUUCAUCCUGAACCUGAGCGUGGCCGACUUGUCCUACCUGCUCUUCUGUGUGCCCUUCCAGGCCACCGUGUACGUGCUGCCCACCUGGGUGUUAGGCGCGUUUCUUUGCAAGUUUACGCACUACUUCUUCACCGUUUCCAUGCUCGUGAGCAUAUUUACGCUUUCCGCCAUGUCCGUGGAUCGCUACGUUGCCAUCGUGCACUCGCGCAAGUGCUCCGGGGUGCGCGUGGCUCGACACGCCGUGCGCGCCAUCGCUGUGAUCUGGGCUCUGUCACUGGCCAUGGCGGCCCCCGUGGCGCACUACCAGAACAUCAUCAAGCGCGAGGAGAACGCCACGUACUGCUGGGAGCUGUGGCCGAGCGCGCGGGACCGGAAGAUCUACGUGGUGUGCACGUUCGUGUUUGGCUACGUUCUGCCACUGUUACUUAUCUGCUUCUGCUACGCCAGUGUUUUAAACCAUUUACACAAGAAACUGAAGAACAUGUCCAAAAAAUCAGAGGCCUCUAAAAGGAAGACGGCACAGACGGUGUUGGUAGUCGUGGUGGUGUUCUGCCUCUCCUGGCUCCCUCAUCACAUCGUCCAUCUGUGGGUCGAGUUCGGCUCGUUCCCUUUGAACCAAGCGUCUUUUAUGUUCCGUGUCGUCGCACACUGCCUGGCCUACAGCAACUCCUCUGUCAACCCCAUCAUCUACGCUUUCCUCUCUGAAAAUUUCCGGAAGGCAUACAAGCAAGUGUUCAAGUGCCAGGGCAACGGGGGAUCUCCGUCCAACGACGUCAAGGGAGUGCGCAGCAAAGCCGAGACGCCACCCAUCACCAACUGUACCAGUGUCUAACAGAUGUACACUGAAUGUCAAAAUAAAAAGGCAUCUUUCUUUUUAAACACAGAAGCACCUGACCUGAGUUAAGGACCAUGAAAGACAGUUACUUUAUGUAUAUAAAGCUUCCUUUAUGCAGUGUGUACAGUAUUCAAUCUUUGCCCUGAUUCUUCUGUCUGUUCUCAGCCUGGUUUCCAUGUCAAUGUCCAGCUUGUAAAAACAGCCACUUAUGAGCAUGAGAGGAAAUUCUCGGUGGAUGAGUCGGGAACAAAUAGAAGGACAGUGAGCAUUGAGAAGGGCACUUUGAACAGAAAAUGGAGAAAAUGAGAACACUGACGCUGACCUGAGAAUCUAAAGCUCUGCUUUUAUGGAGAACAUCGAUGAUGUGUAUAUAGUAUGUUCUAAAAACCCCAAAUAAGCCAUAAGCUUUGUAUUCAGCACGUCUAUGGAAAAGUCUGGUCGCUUUUCAAUGUCUAUAUAAAUUUGAUCCCAGUGUCUCCUCUUUCACUGUAAAGUAAGUGAAGCUAAUCUUAAGUAAAGUUGUUGUUUCUUGACACCUCUCAGGUUGUCUUUAACAAAUCCAGCGCGUCCAGUUCAGAGUCUACGGAAACAAGCAGACAGAUGAACGGACACCACGUUCUCCAUCUACUGUAACCUCUUUAUUUAUCUCUUCAGAGAACUUCCGACGAGCUAUAAUUCAUUUACAUUUCCAAGCAAGCUAGUAUGUAAAAGCUAACCUAGCAAGAAAAAAAAUAACUAGUGAGUAAAAGCUUACCUAAAAUUCAAAAGAGUGAAACAAAACAAAGCAGAAGCUAAUCAGUGGUCAAAAAUUAAGUCUAGCAAAAAUCCAGCAAGACGAAGUCUCUGCUAAUAAUAAUCAAAUGCUAACUACUGAGUAAAAGCUAAACUUACAAAACAACAAAAGAAAAACAAAAGCUAAUUACAUGUCCUGACUACAUUUGAGGUGAGCUGAACCUUUGCUGUAAAAUGAGAGUGCUGCAAAAGCUACGAUUGAACCCGAAUGCCGUCUGUAUUUUCUCUCGUCAAUAUUUCACAAUAUGUCUUGCAUGUUUACUCUAAACCUUACACGGCAUAAACCAGGAUCCAGUGCUCAAAAAUUUAGCUUUAAGGCAUAGAUCCUUGUGCAUGCUUCAUGUGUGUAUGUGUUGAUUUUGCCGUUAUUUAUGCCAUUGUUGUAUAUUAGUGAGAGGAAAUGUGUGUGCUUCUUUUC